AGAAUGACGAAAGAGAGUAUAUUCGGUCUGUAAGGGUGAGCAGACUAACCCUGAACAGGCAGAUUGGGUGAAAUAUCUCCAGGACAUGUCCGUGCUCUAAGGCCAACUGGGAACACGCUAGCUUUUUACCAGGAGCAGUCAAAACGACCUACAGAUGGGAUGAGUUCCUAACGUGAGACAAGAGACAGACAGACAGACAGACAUUUCCCCAAAGAUGAGCGGAGGUGAGACAGGCCUGCAGGAGAGGGGAAGGUAUGAGGACUUUAACGGAGAAGACCAAACCUUAGACGACCUAGAGAAAGUGUCUUUAUUUACGGCGAGAAGUUACGGCUCCUCCGAUCGAUAUCGCCUGGCUACAGGAAUUCUGGGGUUGGCCUGUGCUGCCCUCCUGAUGGCUGUGAUAAGCAUGGCUGUGCUGAAGAAUGGCACGAAUGAGAACCAGUCAUCUUUCAAUAUCACCGGAAUGAGAAGAGAGCUGGAGCUGUUGAGAGAUAAUAACGCCACACUAACGGCCGCUAUGGUGUCCCUCCAGGAUCAAUUAGACAAAGCCGAGAUGGACAAUCACCAAUCAUGGCUAAGACGACAAGAUUACUCCUGUGAUAGUCUACCGUCACGUAUCGAAACCCUGGAAGAUAAGACGAAGGAACAGAAGCUCCGCAUUGAUCAAAUUGAGCGUAGCUGUGGGGGCUGCCCCCCAGGGUGGGAUCUGCUGAAUGACACCUGUUACUACUUUCCCAUCUCGAGUGAGAUUGAGCGCAGGGGCUGGGACGAGGCCAGGGCGGACUGCACCAAACGCGGCGCCGACUUGGCCAUAGUGGACACUUUGGAGACACAGACAUUUAUUGUAGGGGUUCUGCGGGGCCUCCACGAUGAAGGCUUUAGCUACAGAUCUGGAUACUGGAUUGGACUGAGAGAUAAAGACACAGAAGGAACAUGGAAAUGGACAACUGGGUCUUUGCUUUCCAGAGGCUACUGGAUGGACGGAGAGCCCAAUGAUGACUAUGGCUAUGAGGACUGUGUGGCCACCUAUCCCGCAGUGAACCCCCUGAAGAGCUGGAAUGACGUCCCCUGCAGGCACCCGCUAAAGUGGAUCUGUGCCAAAGGGCCUCAGCCAGUAACAGCUAGUCUGGAUAGCUAGUGUGGCUUUAGCAAUGAGCAAAACUAAGCUUGAUGGCAUUUUGGUAGCUAUGUUAGGGGGAAGCAUUGCAUUUUACGCCAUAAUAAAAUGAUUUGUUUUCCACAAAA